UGCCAGGGAGGCAGCAGCAGCCUGGAGCAAGGUGGCACAGCCACGGGACCCCCCCAGUCCCCAGCACUGAGGGACCCCAAACAACCUGAGGGAGGCAGGCUCUGGGGUUGGGGAGCCAACGUGCGCGUUUCUGUCAGCAGCCAGGGCGAGCACGGCGGUGCCACAGGGCUGGGACACGCUGGUGGCCAGGGGCCGUCCCCCACCUGCCCUCGCGUUGCUCUUGCAGCUACGCUGGUCACCGUGCACACUGCAGGUUGAGCAGGAGGAAACCGUCCGUGGAGCUGAAGCCCCCACUCCUGCACAGCCCCAAGGUCCAAAGCUCCCACCAGAUGGUGCUGCAGCCGACCCACGGGUCCUGCCGGGGAGCUGCGCCCCCACGGCUGGGAGCUUGCAGGGGGGCAGGCGCUCAGCCCCCGGGCUGCACGGCCAUCCCUGGGUAUACAGGGUUCAUCCCCAGAGCCCAGCACUUCUUUGCCAAGACUUACUCCGAGAUCUGCAAGGAGGCCAGGAGCAGCUUCGCCCAGCAGCGGCUGGGAUCUGCUCACGAGGAGCAGGAGCAGAGGACACGGCUGCUGUGCCAGGACCCCGCGCAGGACCGUGACGACCCUCCUGAGCCAGGUAACCACCAGGGCCACUCAGCCACAGGAGCAGCAGCGGCCGCCACUGCCCCGUGCGCAUUGCCGUGUGCAUUCCGGCCACAAGGAUCCCCCUACUCCAUGGAGGAUGAUGAUCCCCAAAAAUAUUUUAUCUCAGGCUUCACGGGCUUUGUGCCCCGUGCCCGGUUCCUGAUCGGGACAGGCUACCCGAUCACCACCAACCGGGCCCUGCUCGAGUUCAGCCAAAUGACCCUGAGGAAAGGCGGCAGGAGCGGGACCGAGAAGGGCGGCGCGGUUCUCUCACCCCUGGGAAAGGUCUACCCUGCGGACAGGGGUCUGCUACCUCGUUACACAGGCUACGUCCCAGGUUACAAGUUCCAGUUUGGCCGUACCUACGGACGCCUGACUCACAACUCCCCGGGCCUGAGCACCCUGGAGAAGAAGAUCCCAGACUGA